AUGGCCGCAGCCGACGCACCUGGCAGGGAGCUCUCCCCAGGACCCCAGAGGCUCUUACGCAGGCGGCCGACGCAAAGGAUCCUGGCUGAUGACUUGAGUUUUGAAGAAGAUGAGCAGAUAAAGAAAGAAAGGCAGGAAAAAUGGGAGAAGAAACGCCAGCAGAUGCCGUGGAAGGUAGAAGUCCAAACCCUGGACUACCAUCACUUCAAAAACCGGUAUUCUCUCGACGAUGGGCUGGCUAUCAUUGAGGUCCUCCAAGGUCACCACAGCAUCUACAACGAGGUAUGGCAUGAGAACAAUCGUCGUCGACUGGGGUUUAUAUACCCAGAAACGCCGGUCGAGUUGGAGAACGAGGGAACCUGGAUCCAGAGGAUUCGAAUACAAUCGCCGGAGCUUCUCCUCCUGCUUUCCCGGCUGACCGGCCAUCGAGAUCUGUGGGCCAAGCGAGGCCCCCGCGUCUUCUUCCGGCCUUUUACAACAUUUUACUACUAUCUUCCAGAGAUGAAAGAGUGUCUGUCGCUUCUGGAGUCACGCUGGGGCGACAAUGUCGAUGAAUCACAUCAAGACCCGAUCGACGCGACACAAUGGACCGCCAAAUUUAACUCAUCCAGCCAUAAAGAUAUUUCCGAACCAGAGGAUGAGAGCUUUCGAAUCAGGACGCCGGCCGAGUCGGUAAUCGGCCCCAUCGCAGAUUCCGUGACCGCGCUGCGCCACGUUCGCCUGUUUGUCGACUUUAUGGAUACUGAGAUUGUCCCCUUGUGGAAGCGAGCUGCCGGCACAACGCAUCGUAAGAUCGCUUUUGCGGACCUGUGGAUGUCAUACCAGCCUGGCGAACUGCUCUACGUGCCAUCACCCUCGGAAACAACCCAGGACCAAAUCUGGCCGGAACCCCUUCCCAUGUCGCAGAAUAUCUGGCGGCUGCACACAAUCAGCCGCGACCAGUUUCAGGAAGUGCAUAAUUGCGAUAUGUCUGCGGCCACCGGCCAGGAACUGGAUCUCUGGAGCUACUAUAUCGAUUUUAAUGGGGUGUCGUAUGAGCCUUACACUAGGAGGUUCAGUAUCAAGGCGUAUGAGGGGCUAAGGGACAUCACCACGCUGCAGAUCUACCCCCUGCGCUUUCACAAGGAUGCGGAGAAGCUGCUCGAGAGCCGCCGGGAGGUGGGACAGCUGUUCCAAAAGGCACUAAUGGAGAAGCAUCUGUACUACGAGGGGUGGACUCUGACGGACGAGCCCACGCAGAAUCCUCAGUUGCAGGAUCGAGGGAAUUCCGAACAUAUCGAGGGCCAGGUGAUGAUUGACUUUGUCGAGGGGCACAAGUCGGACAGCGAUCUCGCCUCGAAAUCCGACCAGACCCUGACUGGAUGGUCAGCCAAUGACUGGCCCGAGGGAGAAGACAACGUCGCCAUCAACCAUUGGUAUCAGUGGUCCAGCGAAGACGAGGAAGGGUCAGAAGGCGAAGCCGCAGACAAAGGCCAUGGCAAGGCAUGUGAGCCAGGUUUUGAGCUCGUGAAGGAGGAGAGCGACUGCUUGCAGCUUUACGAAGACUUUGCUGGGAUCAUCAGUAACCAUGACAUCGAAACCAACAACUUCCUCCGGUCAUACAUGGCAGGUAAUGCGAUGCAAAUUGAUCCUGAAGAUCUUGUUCUGCUGCCAGGUCGCGUUAUUGCCUACGCCUUUCGAGACCGGCGGUUCGUGCGUCUGGACGUGAAAUAUUUGCAGCCAAUCCCUCCCUCAGACAAUGUCUUCAAGAACCUGCGAAUCAAUGAGGAGCACAAGCGGAUGGUCCGGGCUUUGGUCAAGACGCACUUCCAGAAGCAGAGGCUGAACCUGGACCUAAUUCGGGGCAAGGGCUCGGGGCUGGUGAUUCUCCUACAUGGCGCGCCAGGAGUGGGCAAGACAGCCACGGCAGAGGCUGUAGCCCAGGCAAACAAGAAGCCUCUCUUUUCCAUCACUUGUGGGGAUCUUGGAUUCCAGGCCCAGGACGUGGAGACAAAUCUCAAGGAAAUCUUCCGGCUAGCUCAUCGGUGGGACUGCGUGCUCUUGCUUGACGAAGCCGACAUCUUCUUAACUCGUCGAAAUUUGAGUGACCUUGUCCGCAAUGCUCUCGUAUCAGUUUUCCUUCGGAUGCUGGAGUAUUACAGCGGGAUUCUGUUCCUCACCACGAACCGGGUAGGUAUCAUCGACGAGGCCUUCAAGUCGAGGAUCCACGUCAGUUUGUACUAUCGGCCGCUCGACAGAGAGCAGACACUCGCCAUCUUCAGGAACAAUAUCCGCAAGCUGCGCAAGGUCGAAGCGGAGAAAGACCGACAACGCACCUCGGAUCCCGAUAGCCCUCAAGGACCGAUUCUGGAUAUCGACGAGAAGAGUAUUAUGCACUAUGCUGCGUGGCACUAUGACAGCCAUGUGCAGCACCGAUGGAACGGUCGACAGAUUCGUAAUGCGUUCCAGAUCGCCUAUUCGUUUGCCCAUUUCGAUAUUCAAAACGGGCCGGACACGUGGCAGAAGGAAUCGGAAGAGGAAGGAGAUACAGAUAGCGACGAAGGGAAACAGGUUGAUUUCACUGUGACCAAUCCGGUCCUGGACUACCGGCAUUUCCUUCUCGUCGCAGACACCAUCCGACGAUUUGAUAAUUACCUUUGGGAGACCACAGGCGAGACGGAAGAGGAGCAGGCAUUCAACUGGAGCUUGCGAGCCGAUGAUUACAAUCCGGACGAGUGGGACGAUGGCCCCAUUUAUCAUCCUAUGGGUCAUCAGCCUCAACGCCGGGGAUACGGCCCUUCGUCCCGGGGGUCGAUGAGGGGCAGGGGCGGUCCACGGGGAGGAGCAUUCAGAGGCAGUAUGCCACAGGGUGGACGGGGUGUCCAAAGAGAACGAUCUCCUGUCCCGGAGUACCAGCCGCCGUUCAAGGCUCCACUGUCUCAGCAGCAAGGAGGUCGAGCGAAACCCAUGACUGGAGCAGAAGUACCAUCCUAUGAUCGACGGUUCGGUCAGGGCGCGCACUCCGAUAGACCUCGGCCACCUCAACGGCGGUCAGAGCAGCAAUCGCCGGCGUGGAACGUCGCUGCUAGCAAAGAGGCUCACUUUGCUUACGAGGAGGACUACGAUGAAUUUGAGGAAUAUGAAGAAGAAGGGUACGAUGAGUAUGGCCAACCCGUCGGUCCAGCAGGGCCGACCCGUGUGGGAGCUAUCCGAGGAUAG